CAUCUAGUUUUACGUCUCCCCGCCUUUGGACCUAUUGCGACUGCUAUCUCCGCAUCUAACCUGCGCUAUCUGAGGGGUAUCUCAAGCUCGGCCAGAGGGGUACCUGCAGAUGGGAGAUAACAAUAACAGCACCACUCAAAUGGCUGCUACCGACAUCGACCACGCUAUCAAUGACCAUGGCGAUGCCGGGCAAGAGGCCACGCCGAGCUCGCUUGAGUCGACUCCCGAGCCUUCCACCACUGAGAUAGUACAAGACCCGGCCCAGCCGCAGAAGCGCAAAGGAGGCCGCAAACCUAUAUAUGCCACCUCGGAAGAGCGCAAGCAGAGGAACAGGCAAGCCCAGGCUGCCUUCCGAGAGCGCCGCACCGAAUACAUCAAGCAACUCGAGACCACCAUCAAGCACCAUGAAGAGACACUGCAGACAUUGCAACAGAGUCACCGCAGCGCGGCUGACGAAUGUCUCAUGCUCCGAUACAAGAAUUCGCUUCUCGAAAGAAUCUUGUUGGAGAAGGGCAUUGAUGUGCAGGCCGAGUUGCAGAUGAAGACGGGUAGCCCUGCUCUCGGACACUCGUAUAUCCCUCAUCAUGCACCGGCGCCAAUGGCAGCUGCUCCUCUUCAACGUACAGCAUUGAACCGUCAGCAUGCAAGACGCUCCGGCCAGGUCUAUCCUCCUCGGAUCGGACCUGGUGCGACAGCGCAAUCUGAUCUUUCUUUCUCUGCCCGUUCUCCCCAAGGCCAUCCCACCCCGUCGUCUCAUGCUUCCUCACCCACAGCCUUGUCUACUCAGUCACCUGCUGCUUUGCAGCCCGGAGCCAUGACCCCGCCAGCAUCGGUAAUUGCUGGAGGGCAGCAGCAACAGUAUGGUGUACCUCAACCGCCUCGUACACGCUACGUCAUGCAGCACCCGCCUCAGCACCGCGGACCUGCCUUCUCGGCGCCCAACGGAGUAUCUAGCAUCGCAGAAUCAACCAAUGGGGUUCCAGGUGGUGCAUCGGCAUUCUACCCAUCGCCAUUCCAAAAACACAUUGAGCAGCUGGAUCAGGAGUACGACGCGCAACCAACAUCAUCGUCGAUGCUCGAGACCGAAUCCGAAGCGAACGAACAAGCUCCCGUCCAAGGCCCCGAGCCCACCCAAUUCCCUCCUUCGAACCCUUACCACGCAACACAUCCCGCACAACACGCCGACCACCACGGCCCUGCCAAGGGUAGUGCUCAGGAACACGACCGAGGCCACCCAGGGGAAGGCCAGAUUCCCGGAAUGAACCAGAUCUUCGAUCCUUACGACCCCAUGAUGGACGCGGAUCCAUUCGGGUUGUCAGCAAGCAUGCAUUUCCCGACAGAUUAUGGUUUCCAACAUCCACCACCGAGGUGAAGAGCUGAGUCCUUGUGAUCAGGACGAGGAUCUGAGGACCUACUCCAAAUGGACAGUGUUUAUUUGCUUUGGAGGGUUGGCUUGUUUGCA